AUGGACCCUGAUCUUUUAUUAGCAAUUGCAUUAAGUGAAAGUUUAAUGGAUAAUAAUAACAAUAACAAUAAUAAUAAUAAUAAUAAUAAUAAUAACAAUAACAACAAUAAUAACAAUAAUAAUAACAAUAAUAGUAAUAAUAAUAAUAAUAAAAAUGUAGAAAUGGGAGAAGCAGAAAAACAACCACCAGAAGAUAAAAUUAGUACAUAUUUUAAAGAAUUAACUGGUUUAUUGAAAAAAGAUACAAUAGUUAAAAAUUUAAAGCCUCUUCUCGCCUUAUUAAAAUCAAAGGAAUUGUUAUUGGAUCAAAUCUAUUUCCUUUCAAAAAUAUUGGAAUCAAUUUCCUUCAAUAUAGUUUUUAAUGGUAAAGAAAAAGAUAAAGUUGAAAAUGAAUUCGAAAUAUUUUGUAAAGAUACAAUUGAAUUUUGUUUAAACAUUUUAGAGAAAUGGGGAAAUGGUGAUAUUGAUUUAUCAACCAUUCCAAAUAUUAAUAAUAAUAAUAAUAAUGAUAAUAAUAGCAAUAAUAAAACAGACGACAAUAAUCAAAGUAAUAAUAGUAAGAAAUUAACACCUCUAACAUUAUUAUCAGUUAUUGAUAUGUUAUGUUGUAUUGAAUUUCCAUCAACUGAAAUUGAUAAAACCUUUGAUAACAUACCUUCUUUUUUAAAUGUUUCUGAAUUAGAUGAGAUAUUAGACUCAAAUAACCAAGACAACAAAGAGAACAAAAAAGAGGAUAAAGAAUCUUCAAAACCAAUCGCUUCUUCACCAAUACCUAUUACCACAACAAAUAUAGAGAAGCCAACAAUAGCAACAACAACAACAACUUCUACUUCUAAUAGUAAUAUCUUUAGUCAAUUUUUAAAUGAAGGAUUAAAAGUAGAAGGCUUAAAUGAAACAAUGAUACCAUCAUUUAAACCAUCCACAUUACCACCACCACCACCAACUCCAACAUCAACAAUAACAACACAACCACUACCAUCAUCAACAAUCACACAACCAGAAUCAUAUAGUAAUUGUGGUAAUGGUGAAGGAGGAAUGGAAACAUUCGCCAAAGUUAAUUCAAAUUAUUUCAAUAAUAAAUUAUUUGGAUCUUCAAGAUUGUUAUCAAUUUGUUCUAAACUUUUGGUACCCUAUCAUGCAGAUUUAACAUCACCAUCUACUGUUGAAAAGUUUGAAACAUUCAAAAAGAAUCAAACUUUGAUUCAAGAUUUUAUGAGCAAUGUUCAAGAUAUUAUAUUCUCUGAAGGAUUUGAUUCAUUAGAUAAACAAACUGCACCUUGGACCAUUGAUUUCUUGGGAAAUUUAAUUGGAACUCUUAGAUCUUUCCAAUCUUUUUCAAUUUCAAAUAAUUUAUCUUAUUAUAAUAAUGAUUCUAAAUUUUUAUCAAAACAUUUAUUUGAAAAUAUAUUUGAAGUUUUAGGUAGUAAAUUAGAUUAUCCAGGUUUACAAAUUAAAGCAGAGAUAUUCUUUUCAUUAUGUAUUUUAUCAGAUGUAAAUAAAAUGAAAAUUGACAUUGUCAAACUUUUAGAAAGAGAUCAAUCAACACCAUUGGAUAAAGAGUAUUUAGUUUUGAACCCACAAUUGAUUAUUUUAGCAAUUGACUUGGUAUUCAAAAAUAUUAGAGAAAUUACAGAGAUUCAAAAUAAUAACAACAACAACAACAAUGUAGAUUUUAAUGAAUUGUUAAAAAUUGAUUCAACUGUUGAUCAGAGUACUAUUACAGGUGUUGAAAAACCAACCACUAAAUUUUUAUUAUCAGAACCAUUGGAUGGAACUGGUGUUGAGGGUUGGUUUGAUUUUUCAAAUGAAAACAAACAAUUAUUUUCAAAAGAUUCUUUAUUUAAAUUAUUUAUUAAACCACAAUUACUCGAUACUUUAUUCAAUAUUUUAUAUUUAUGUUAUUUUAAACCAACGAAAUCAACCACAACCACAACAACAGCAACAACAACAACAACUACAACAACAACAAAUGAAUCCAUACCAAUGGAAACAACUCGAUCAUCAACACCUAUUCCAAUUGUAAAUAAUAAUAAUAAUAAUAAUGAUAGUAAAAGCAAUAGUAAAAAAUCACCACCAAUUAAAAUUAAUGAUUCCUAUUUUGGAGAAGAUGAUUUAUUUGGAGGAUUAUUUGAUCAAUCAAGUACUUCAAUUAGAAGUAGUAGUAAUAAAGUUAAUGAAGGAACACCAAAAUCCUCAACUACAACAACAACAACAAAUGCAACUAUCAUUAGUACUCCAGCAAAUUCAAAUAUUAAAGAAUCAUCUAAUGAUGAUGGUGAUCAUGAUGAAGAUAUUAUGAAAUGUAAAAUAUUUAACCUUUUAAGCUUUAUUUAUCUCUUACAAGAUGAUCCAAUGUAUAAAGAGUUUACAAAGAACCACUUGACUUUAACUCAUUUAAGAAUAUUGUUCACAUUGAUAGCACCAUCUAGUAAUCCAUCAAUAAUGGCACCAAAAUCAAAGAAUUCAACCGUUUUUAAGUUAUUAACAAAUAUUUGCUUCCUUUUAUGUAAAAAUUCAAUCAUUAGUGAUACAUUGUUGGAUCAAUUCAUUGGGUUUGUAUUCACCUCUGUUGAUUCUCAACUUUUAACUCUUCCAAAGGAACAAUUGGCUUGGAUAGCUUGGAUAUUUGUAAAGAAACAAUCAACAAUGGUCGUUGGUGCCACCAAUAGCGUAAUGGUGGUUAGCCUUUGGGAUGGCUUUUUAAAGAAUUCCUCAAGAGUUAUCAGAGAGGUUUCAUUGGUUUCAUCCCCAUUCAAAGAGGUGAUUUCAUUGGAUUAUAUUUUAUUACUUUUAUUCUCUUUCCAUACUUUGGAUGAGAAACAUCGUUUGGGUAUAGUUUCAACAUUAUGUCAAUCAUUUAAUGAAAUCGUUUGUAAAGUCAAAUCUGAUCAAUCAUUCCUUCCAAACUCUUUAAUGCUCUCAAGAUGUUUAAUGGUAUUCAAUUAUAUACUCUUUAAUUUUGAAACUGUGAAUCCAAUACUCUCAAAAUUAUUCAAUAGUCAAUUGUUAUCAUUUAAAAAGUCAAAUUACCAAGUGGGUGAAUUUUAUAAACUUUCAAUUGUAAAUCUAAACUAUAGUGGUACAAUUGAAAAAUUAAUUAAAAAAUCUGCUUUUAUAAAUAAUGAUGGUUUGAUUGGAUUACCCGAGUUUUAUGAUCUUUAUUUCAUUCCACCACCAAAUAAUACUUUAACUUCACCAUCAAAAUCUAUAAAUUCAUCAAGUAAUAAUAUAUUAUCACCAAUUACUCCAACUAAUACUACAACAACAACAACAACUACUACUCCAUCAACAACAUCAAUACCAACUAAUAAUGAAGAUUGGUUUAAUCAUUCAAAUAAUCUUGAAAAGAUUACUAGUUUAUUACAAAAAUCAACAAAUAAUGAUAAUUGUUAUGAACAAUUUUAUAAUAAUAUAGUGUCAUUAUGUUCUUUAACUCCAACUGUAAAGAGUACACAAGAUGGUAGUUCAUUGGAUUCUUUGUAUUUUGAUUAUAUUGUGGCAUCAAGUUUAAAGUUUUUAAGUUGUCUUCCAUUAUCACUUUCAUUUUUAAAGGCAAUUAAAGAUCCACAAACCUUUACAACCGUUAGCAACACUUCACCAAUCUUUAUCACUUAUUUGAAAUCAAUCUAUCCUUCUCAAUGUAAUAAUCCUGAAAUACCGUGGUUGGCACAUACUGAAAAUAUUUUAACUCAUUUCAAAUAUAAUGGUGGUACACCAUCCGAUAGCUCUUUAAGAGUAAAUGGUAUUGUUCAAAGUUCAUUAGCUUAUCUUACAAAGGUUUUCGAUGUUGGUACCUCUUUGAAUAUUAAUAAAAAAUUGGCAGAAUCCUCUGGUAAUGUUGAUACAAGUGGAGGUGGUGAUAGUUAUUUCGAUGGUUGGGAAUCACUAUUUAAUGAUGACGAUGAUGAAGAAGAAGAUGAGGAAGAAGAAGAAGAAAUGGAUGAAGACGAUUCUGAGAAUGAUGAAGAUGAAGAUUCUGAAGAGAGUGAAAAAGAACAAAAUAAAGAUAAUUUAAAAUCUUCUUCAUCUACAGUUCCUACGACAACAACCACAGCAGCAGCAGCAACAACAACAGCAACAGCAACAACAAAAGAAUCAACAAUUCGUUCAAAUAUUUCAACAUUAUUACCAAGUUUAAUCAAUUUUAUAAUUGAUACUUUAGGUCAUUAUAGAGGUAUCUAUAAAAAAUCAUUGAUUGAACAAUUAUCAAAUCAUUCCAAUGCAUUACAUGUUAAACUCAUUCAAGAAUUGUAUAUAUUAUCAUCAAAAACCGAAGUUUUAGAGGUAAUGAAGUCUUUGGAUUUCUCAACAGAUGAUAGAAAUACUGUAGAGAAAUGGGAUGAAGAAUAUAAACCAGAUCCAUUGGUACCAAAGGAUCAAAAACAAUUGUUUGGUUGGUCAGUUCAACCAUAUAACCCAUCCUUUACAGAGGGUAAAGUUUAUAGUGUAGCACUUCAAUCGAUAAUUAGAUUACUCCUAACUCUUUCAAAUCAAGCAUUGGUCCAUUGGGAUAAUGUUACCGAGACAAAUCCAGAUUCAACAAAACCAAUACUCUCCAAAGUUAGUGAAUUAAUCUUUGAACAAGUUUAUAUCUCCACUGAUAGAUCAUUCUCUUUCUUAAAGGAUCAUUAUGAUAACUAUUCAUCAUUGAUUAGUGGUGCUCAAUCUGGUUAUCUUAUCAAUCAAAUUAAAUUGGCAAACUUUGAAUCCAUUUCAAAGAUUUUAAUUGAUCCAACUUUUUCUCCAUCCAAUAACAGUAGUAACAAAUUUUUAUCAGAGAAUUCAUAUCUAUUAACAGUUUUAAUUGGUUAUGUCGAUUCUUUAAUAUCAAUGUCAAAAUUGAAUGGAUCUCAUAUCUAUUGUUAUUAUAUUUCUGGUUUCAAUGGUUCAGUAGCACGUGGUACUAGAGAUUUCGAAUUUGUUUUACCAACUGGUAAUCUUCAACUUUUAAUCUCUGUUCUUUUCAAUAAUCCAUGUGAAAAGUUUAAUCUUAAAGUUUUAUCGGCUUUGGUCCAUUUUAUGUCAAUCUCAACACCAUCAGAAUUUUUCACAUCAUUUAGAUCUCAUUGUAUUACAACUUUUAGUAAAAUUCCAAUUAAUGAUUUAAAGUUAUGGUUUGAACAAAAACUUUUAGGUAUUAAUAAUUUUGAAAAAAAUUCAACAGCAACAAAUGGUACAGAAAAAAUGGAUAUUGAAAUCAUUUUAAAUAACAACAAUAAUAAUAAUAAUAAGGUUGAAGAAAAAUCUGGUAAAAUUAAUUCAACAGUUUCAAUUCAAGAACAAAUUAUAAGAUUAAUUGGUUUAUUAAUUGGUAAUAAAGAUUUAUCAUGUUAUUCAAAGGAUUAUUUACAACAACAAGCAGCAGCAGCUUUGGCAGCUAAAGAGUCUGAAGAACUUUUACAACAACAAUUACUUCAAGAGUCUGAAGGAAAGAAAAAGAAGAGAUCAAGUGGAAGUAGUACACCAACUAAAAUACCUGGUAAGAAAACACCAAUCACUUCUGGUCAAGAUAGUAAUUCUUCACCAGCUUUAACUGCAUCAUCUUCACCACCUUCUUUAGAAUUUGUUGAUUGGGAUGAAAAGGUAACAUCAUUUGCUUUGACACUUUUCGAUGUCUUAUUAUCAUCUCUAAAUAAUGCUUUUACGGUUUGGAUUGAUCAACCAAAAUUACUCAAAGGUUACUUUGAAUUAUUACAAUUCAUUGCAAUGGGACAACAUCAACUUUUGAAAUUAUUCAAUGAAAUCUCCAAUCUUUCAUCACCACUCUUAACCAAUCCAACUAUUGACCAAUUGGAAUCAUUAAAUCUUUUAGUAGAAUUUAUUGAAAAUAUUUUAGAUUUAUCAAAAUCUUUGAAAAAACCUUCAAGUGACCAACAGCAUCAUAGUGGUGGUUGUCAUCAUAGUAACCAUCACCACCAUCACCAUCAUAGUCGUAAGGAUGAAGUGAUGGUUGAUAAGUCCUCAAUAACAAACGUUGUAGAUGAAGAUAUAUUAAAGGAUGAUGUCGAAGUAAUGGAUGAAGAAGAUGAAGAUGAACUUCAAUAUCUUUCAGAGGAUGAAAAAGUUGUUAAUGGUAAUGAAAACACUGGUGAAGAGGAUGAUGAAGAAAGAAAACUCUCUUCAAAAGUUUGUACUUAUACAUUCACUAAAAAUGAUUAUAUUGAUCAACAUUGGUAUUUUUGUUAUACUUGUGGUUUGAAAUUCUCUGAAGGUUGUUGCUCAGUUUGUGUUAAAGUUUGUCAUAAAGGUCAUCAAGUUAGUUAUAGUAGAUAUAGUAGAUUCUUUUGUGAUUGUGGUGCUGGAGCAGGUAAAGGUAAUCCAUGUAAAGCUCUUAAACCAAGACUUUAUUCACCACCAAAACAAUUACAACAACAACAACAACAACAACAACCACAACAACCACCUCAAGACCAACAAAAGAAUGUUGCAGCUGAACAACAACCACAACAACAACAAGAAGAACAACAAGUAGCUUCAACAACUUCAUCAGCAACAAAUACUAAUGAUCAACCAAUUAUUCCAGAUAGUUUAUCAUCAUCUUCGUCAAAUUCAUCACCAUCAUUUAAUAAUAAUAAUAAUAAUAAUAACAAUGGUACCACAGGUAGUGGUAAUACAUUCUCAUCGAUUAAUAAUUACUUUUUCAAUUUACCAACUCAACAAGAUAAAGAACAAUUAUUCAAUGAAAUCUUUAAUGAUAAAUCUAAUAUCAUUUCAAAAUUAUCAGAACUUUAUCCAAAAUUAAUUGAAAUGUAUAAAAAAGUACAAACAGACCUUAUUAAACCACAAUCAGAUUCAAAUAGUAAUAAAUUAGAGGUGUUUGAAGAAUCUUCAACCCAAUCCAUCAGUAGUAGAGAAAUCAUUUCAAAGACUGAUAUCUUUACCACUAAAAAAGUAUCAAAAAAUGGUACUUUUGAAGCUAAACUCAAACUUGAAGGUGUUGAAGGUAAUCAAUUAAAGACUUUCCUCUCAAGUGGACCAAUCCAAAGAAAAGCAAUAGCUUCAACUUCCAAAGGUUUAUUGGCAAUUGCUGAAGGUGAUUCUGUUUCAUUGUUUAAUUCUUCAAAGAUUUUAGAUGAUGAUGCACAAUUGGAUAAACAUUCAUUUAGCAAGGCAUUAUCAAAGAGUUCCGUAGCCUAUCCAAUCGUUAGUAUGGUAUUCAAUCCACUCAAUGAAAGAUUCCUUGCAGUUGUUGGUUUCAAAGAAGUAAAGAUCCUCACUAUCAAUCAAAAGGAUGAAAUUGUCGAUCAAUUGGUAAUCGAUUUAUCUUUGGAUGCUUUAGGUGAAACUAUUUAUAUUAUAAAGGUUGAAUGGAUCAUUGGUAGUCAAGUUGAAUUGGCAAUUGUAACCAACGAGUUUAUCAAGAUUUAUGAUCUCUCUAAAGAUAAUCUCUCACCAAUUCAUUUCUUCUCUCUACUCGAAGACUCUAUCAAAGAUAUGUGUUUGGUUCAAAAGAAUGGUAAAAAUCAUAUCCUCGCCCUUAGUAACUAUGGUUUAUUAUAUUUCCAAGCCAUUGAAGAUUCAAUCGAUAAUGAAUCUUGUAUUAUGAUUGAAACUCUCCAAGUGCCAAUCAAUAAAAUUUCAGCGGGUGUUAGUGUUCACUAUAAUAUCGAUUUGGAUUUAGUGAUUGCAAGUUAUACCAAUGGUGAAUGUUAUGCUUUCCAAGUCAAUGAUACAAUGACCAACGUAACUCGUUCAUUCCCAAUCAUGGAUCCAGCAAAGAAAUUACCAAUGCCAGCUCAAUACUUUAUCAAUUUAUCACCAAUGUUUCCAAAUGUUUAUGCUUGUUUAGCAGCACGUGGUGGUUAUUUAUUGGGUUUCAAAAUGGGUACAAAAGAUAUUUCCAUUCAAAAUCUUAAACUUACUCAAAGAGUAGAGGGUAUGACCAUUUUAAAUCGUUCUUCUCCAAAAUUAUUAAUUCUAUUUGAUGAUGGUUCAAUUGGUAGAUAUGACUUUAAUCUUGAAAAUACCAUUCAACAACCAUUACCAACAACCUCAACCACCACUGAUUCAAUCAAUGAGUCUGAUAAAAAAGGUUUAGAUAUUCUUUUAUAUUUGAAAUCAAAAUAUCAAGAUUCAAUUAAUAAGAAUAAUAGUGGUAGUAGUAUUAAUAGUAGUGGUAACAAUGUUGCUACUGUAUCAUCAUCUACAACAUCCACAUCAGCUGUUAUAAAAUCUCCACCACCACUUUCAUCAUUAUUAUUACAACCAACAACAACAACAACAACUUCACCAGUAUUCCCAAUUGAUUUCUUUGAAAGUACAGAAUGUAUAACACCAAAUGUUAAAUAUGGUGGCGAUCCAUUACAAUGGUUCUCUCAAGAUGUAAUUAAACAAAAACUUGCCUCAAAUGAUGAAUACAUUGUUUGUCAAUCAUUAGAAACCCUUACUUUGGUCAUUAUGAAUAAUAAUUUCAAUAAUGCUAUUUGUGGUAUUCGUAUUUUGGUUGGUAAUGCAUCCACUAAGCAUAUCCCAACAGAGAUUAGAGUUUUCAAUCGUACUAUUCAAUUAAAGGAAGGUCAAAGAAGAUGGUAUGAUAUUCCAUUCACCACUGAAGAAACUUUAAGAUCCAUUAAAAAGGUUUCUUUUACUGCUGGAUCAACAUUUACAAUGGGAACAUCACCAAUCAUCGAUCAAGUUGAAGUUUACGCUAAAAAUAAAGAUUCCCUUGGUUUCAAUGAUUCAGAUGAUUCCGAUGAUGAAUUCCCAACUGUAGAUGAAAAUGUUACAAGUUCUGGUUUAUCCACAAGUGCAGGUGGUAGUGGUGGCGGUGUUGCUGGCACAAAUGAUUCAACUGCUGAUAAACAUACACCAUUAGAAAUUGUUAUACUUCACUGCUUUAAUUCUUUGAAAAACUAUUUCUCAAAUCAUGUAGCCAAUGAUGACAGUCAAAAAUUCAUUGAACUUAAAGAGAAAACUUUAUCAAUUCUUCCAUCAAUGAUUACAGAUUCACAAUUAUCUUUUGUUAGAUCAUCUAUUAAGAAAUUGUUAAAGAUUCUUUCAACCAAUAGUGAACAUUAUCAAACAUUGAAACAUAGUAUUCAAUUAAAAUAUGCAAGUCAAACAGUUUCAUCAAUCUUAUCAAAUAGUGGUGGUACAAUCCCAAACUCUGCUGAUCUUGAAAAAUUGGAUUAUUUAGUUGCAGCUUUGAAAAAGAUUUCAUCAUCAAAUCCAAAUAAUUUAGAGAAAUAUUUAUUCAAAGAUCAUCCAAACUUUUUAUCUGAUCUUUUAACAAUCUAUCGUAAUACAACCUCUCCAUCCUCUAGUAAAGGUAAAUCAUCAUCAGCAUCAGCAUCAUCAUCAUCAUCAACAACAACAGCAACAUCAACAUUACCAUCCAAUACCCAAAGUGGUAGCAAUAAUGGAGCAGUCUCUUCAAAUGCUUUACUCUACUCUGAUUCUUUCAUUUCAAAUUUAGUUCAAUUACUUUGGAAUUGUCAAAGAUCAAAGAUUUUCUCAACAGAUUUAAUCUUUACCUUAUUAAAAUCAUUAUUAUCACAUUCAAAUGAAAUCAUUAGAACUAGAUCAUCUUUAAUAUUAGUUUCAUUUAUUUCGAAAUCUGGUAAUAAUUCAACCGUUGCCAAUUUAUUACCACCACCAUCAUCAUCAUCAAAUGAAAAUGUUGUCGACAACGAUAACACCAAUAAAGAAAAUGAAGGUGAUAUACAAAUGGUUGAUGAAGUUUUAUUCUCUUGUGAUCUUUGUAAUAUUAAUCCAAUAACAGGUAAAAGAUGGAAUUGUAGUAAUUGUGGUGAUUUUGAUCUUUGUAAUCAAUGUUAUCAAAAUCCAGAAAAAGACCAUCCAAAGGAUCAUAUAUUUAAAGAAUUCAUAAUUGAUGAACCAAUGAAAGAUGGUGAUGAAAAAGAAUCAACAAAUGAACCACCACAACAACAAAAACAACAGGAUCAACAAUUACAACAAGAUUUACAAGAUGAUUCUGAAUAUGAUGAAGAACUUAAAAUUGCAAUUUCAAUGAGUUUAAAUAACAAUAAUAAUAAUAAUAAUAAUAAUGAAUCAAUGGAUACAUCAACAUUAACAACAACAACAACAACCACAAAUAAAACAACUCCAACUACAAAUGAAGAACCAAUGGUUGGUUUCAUUAAAUUAAUUAUUGAAGAGAUUAUAGUAUCUUAUGAAAAAGGUUUUUCAUUUAUGAUUCCAUAUAUGCAAAUCCUUUAUUCAACAAUUUUACAUAAUACUACAUUCAUCCUCAACAAUAAUCAAUUAUCCAAUCAACUUGUAACAACUCUUGUUAAUUUAAUUUCCAAACAUAAAUCAAAUCUUUCCAAAUUCUUAUCAACCAAAUCAAAUAAUCUUGAAGGUGAUAUUUUAAUUUUCUCAUUAUUAAGUUUAUUAUUAGAUUCUGACGAGCAAAAGAGACAAAAGAUUCAAAGUAAACAAACAACAACUACAGCAGCAGCAGCAGCAACAACAACAACAACAGCAACAGCUACAGUAACAACUCCUUCAGUAGUAACAACUCCACAUAGUUUACCAUCGACAUUAAUUUAUCAUUUAUCAAAAUUAUUUAUUGAUAGAGAUAUAAUUCAACUUUUAAGAUUAUGGAUUGAACAAUUGUAUACCUGUAUCUCUGAAUCACAUGGGUUAUCGGUUGGUGAGGAAAGAGAUUCACCUUUUGGUGCAUUGUUAGUUCCAUCAAUUGAUGAAAAUCAAACUCUACCAAAGAAUAGAUUCACUCCAUUCUUUGGAAAAUACCUUCCACAAUCAAUGGGUUCAAUUCAUUUAUUACUCUCAAAAGCAAUCUUCAAAUUGAUGAUUACAUUCUAUCGUUGUGAGAGAAGAAAGAAAUCGAUUACUCAAACUACACCUACAUUGAUAAAACCAUCCGAAUGGACUAACCUAAUCUGUUCUUUCAUUCAUUCAAAGAAAACUGUUUCAAUUGUAAAAUAUCCAAAGAAACUAUUGUUUUUAAUUUAUCAAACCAAGUCAUCCUAUUAUUCAAUUCGCGAUGAAUUCUUAUUGAAAAAGAAGUUUGCUGGUAUCUUGGAUUUAGAAGGUAAAACAAAAGGUUUCUCUGAUGAAAUUGGUUAUGAUCAUUUGGCCAAAUUAAUUUCUUAUCUUACCUUAAUGUUAGAAGUAGCAAGUGAUAGACCAAAGAGUUGGCAAUUCUUUUGUGCUCAUAAUGAUGUAUUACCAAAACUCUACAAAAUCUUAUUCAAUCUUGCAGAAGAACCAUCUUCAUUGUUAUUGGAAUUAUUAACCUAUGUAUUUGUUGAUGAAAUAGCAGAACAACCAUUAUCAUCAACAUCUCAAGAUACACAACAAGAAUCAUCAAACAACAACAACAACAACAACAGCAAUGAUAUUUUAAUGCAAGAUGUUGACACUAAAGCAAAACAUAUUUCAAUAUUCCUUCAAGAACAAUAUUUCAAUGUUUUAAUAUUUAAUAUAUUAUUAGAAUCAAACUCUUCUGAUUUAAGAUCAAUAGCUAGUAGUUUUAUUUAUUAUUUAUGGAGAUCAUCAAAUAAUGAACAAAGAAUUUUCAUUAAUAAAUCACUUUGGUCAAAAUUAAAUAAUGUUGCGUCAUAUGGUAAAAAUGCAAGUGAAUUUAUGGAUUUACUAACCUACUUUUUAAAUGAAACUGAUUCACAAUCUUGGAAGGAUCAACAUAAUGAAUUUUCAAAUAAAUUAAUUGAAAGCUUUAAACAACAAAAUCAAAUUUCAUUAAAUCAUCCAAAUUCACAAAUUUAUAAUAGUUUGGGAAAGAUUUUAGAAUUUGAUGGAUAUUAUUUAGAGAGUGAACCAUGUUUAGUUUGUAAUAAUCCAGAGGUACAAUAUCAAACAUCACGUUUAGAAUCAUUGAAACAAGAGGUUAAAUUCUCAGAGUAUUCACAAUUGAUCAAAUUCAAUGGUGUUUAUAAUAUCUCCAAGAUUAUGAUUCAAUUACAUGAUGUCAAGAAAGGAAAGAUGAUUAAAACCAUCAAUCUUUUCUACAACAAUAAACCAGUUGCAGACAUUGGUGAUCUCAAGGGUAAAUUUAAUCAAUGGAAAAAGUUGAAACAAGUUCAUUUCACUCCAUCUCAAACUGAAAAGGCUGUUGUUUUCCAAAUCCCAAUCUCUGCUAGAAACUUUAUGAUUGAAUAUUUUGAUUUCCACGAUAACCUUCAAGCUGCUUCCUCUGAAAAACUUCAAUGUCCACGUUGUAGUAGAAUCGUCACUGAUAAGCAUGGUAUCUGUAAGAAUUGUCAUGAGAAUGCCUAUCAAUGUAAACAUUGUCGUAAUAUCAACUAUGAAAAUUUAGACGCUUUCCUCUGUAAUGAAUGUGGUUUCUGUAAACAUGCCAAAUUUGAUUACUCCUUUGUUUGUAAACCAACCAUUGCAAUUGAAAAGAUUGAAAAUCAAGAGGAUCACAAGAGAGCUAUUCAAACCAUAGAGAAAGAAUCUGAAAAUGCUCAUAAAAAGUACCAAAGAUUAAUUGGUUUUAAAAAAGUUAUCUCUGGUCUAAUCAAUUCUUUUGAAACUCAAGAACCAUGGUCAAAGGAUGAUUUAAUUAAAAGUUCAGGUGGUACAAUUAGUAUCGCUAAUACUUCAACCAAUUCAACUGGUAGCAAUAAUCAAUCUAUCAAUAGUAGUAGUGGUAAUAUUUCAACAAAUUCUUCAUCUUCAUCUUCUUCAAGCUUUGGUAUUUCCAAUCAAUCUUCAAGUGGAAAUGGUGGUGGCGGUGUUGGUAGUGGUGGUGGUGGUGUUAUCAAUCAAAGUGGUACAUCCAAUAAUUCAUCAUUCCUUACACUUAGAAUUAAUAAAAAGAUUGGCUACCUUAGUAGAUUAUAUGAAAGAGAAUGUAGAAAUAUUUAUGAAGGUUUAAGUAAGAGUGUUCAAAUUUUACAAACCAAUAGAAUGGAAAUUUCAAAAUAUAUGAAUUUCAUUUCUGGUGGUGGUCAACCCUCUUCCAAUGAUAAACAACAACAACAACAACAACAACAACAACAAUCAUCCAGACAAUGUCCUGUUUCAAUUCAUUUACGUGAAGAAAAUAAAUGUUAUGGUUGUUCAAAUUCAUACAUUGAACAGGUUUUAUGUUUAUUAAAUUCCUUCUGUAGAAAUUCAGAGUUAACACCAAUUAAGAAUCUUUUGAUUGAAAAAGGUUUACCAAAAGAAAUAUUCUUUAAUAAUAUUCAUCAUGGAAAGAGUAUUGCAAAGGGUUGGGCUAAAUCAUCAUUAUCCUAUCUUACCAAAUCAAAUAUUGAUUGUACUUCAAUGGUUAAUCAAUGGAUUAAAGACAAGAUUUACUACACACUUUGUUAUUAUUCAUCAUUGGAUGUUCCAAACAUGGUCUCAAGUGAAAUCUCAUUGUUGAAAGAAUGUUCCUCACUCUCUGAUAAUAUUUGGCCACAAAGAUUAUCAUUCAUAAUGGAGUUAUUCUUUAAAGCUUUAUCAAGUGGCUCUCAAAGUCCAGUGGUUUCAGAGUAUAUUAUUUUACCAUGUCUCAAAAUCAUAAUUUAUUUAUGUACUCUUGAUCGUAAAGGUGCUUUCAUUACAAAGGAUGCAAAAGAUCUUGAAAUCUCUCAAAAAUUAUUAGCAACAAGAUUUGAAAAAUUAAAAUCAUCAAAGAAACAAGCCAUUGCUUUGGCUGCAACAGCAACAGCAACAGCAACAGCAGCUAAUGCUUCAUUAACCUCAACCAUUGAAAAGAAGAUUGAAGCAUUAUCAUCAUUACUUUCACCAAAUACUGUGAAUAAUAUUGCACUUUCUGUUGCAUCAUCAUUACUUUCACCACAACAAAUGCAAUUACAAAUUCAACAACAAAUCGCUUUACAACAACAACAAAUUCAACAACAAAUUCAACAACAGCAACAACAAUUGAAUGAAUCUGUUUCAGGUUUAAAGAUUUUAUCACCAUCUUCUUCCUCAUCAUCUCCAUCUGGUGUUGGUGCUACUGGUAGCGAAAAUGGUGGUGGUGGUAGUGGAAGUAGUAGUGGUAGUAGUGUUAGUGGUAGUGGUUCAAUAUCUUCAUCUCAAGAUCCAAACAUAUUAUCAAUCUUUGAUAAUGAUACUUCAAAUGCAGGUGCUAACGAAUCAUGGGAUGGUGAUGAUAAUCCAAUUGCAAAUGCUUGGUCAUCAAAAUAUGAAAACUAUUUAUCUAAUUUCAAUGUAAACUCUUCAAUCGGUGAAAUAUCAAAAUCUUUGAAACCACUUAGCCAAGAUGAAUUAAAGAGUAAAUAUUUCAAGAGAUGGUAUGCUCAAGUUAAAAAGAGAAAACAACAACAACAACAACAAUCUUCAGGUAUUGGUUAUGCAACUCAAUCAAGUUUCGAGGUAUUGUUUGAAGAGAAAUGGUUAGAGAAAUUGUUAUUCAAUUCAACAUCAUCAAUUCGUCUUGAAAUAAUCACUUUGAUGGGUAUUUUAAGUAAGAAUAGCAAUAGUAGAUCACUUAAAUUCUUGGAUCUCCUUACAAAGAUUCUUCCAAAUGCAACAGAGGCAGGUGAAUAUUCUGCAGAGUUUUUCGGACUUUUCAAUAGUUUUAUCUCAACCUCUCAAGAUCGUAAGAUUUAUUUAGCUGUAAAAGGUUUCAUUCCAUUCAUUUGUGAUGCUAUCAUCAAGGAGAUUGAACAUAUCAAAUCAAAGGAAGGUUCAUUUAGUACUGAUGUUUCACAAGGUUUUGUUUUGAAAACUUUAGUUGCUAUACUUAAAUCAUUCCUCGAUGUACCAACUCUUAAAGCAAAGAUGAAGAAAGAUAAUAUGUUAGAAAAGGUAUUGGAUGCUUUCUUAUCACUUCGUGGUGUUAUCGUUCAAAAGAAUAAGUUAACCGAGGAUUCUGUACGUUAUCUCCAAGAGUUGAUGAAAUCACUAAACAAUGAAUCUGUUCAAGACAAUAAGAAGUUUAUGGCUGCUAAUAUUAAAGCAUUGGCUAAAUAUCAAUCGGAUGGUAGAACUCCAAUAUUUAUUUUCGAACAACUUUGUAAUAUUGUUUGUCCAACCAAACCAGAUCCAAUCUAUCAAUUGAUACUCUUUAAAGCUGCAUCUCAAGAGGAAUACAUUAGAGGUUCAAUGAAUCGUAACCCAUAUACUUCCAAUACCUUUGGUGGUCCACUCAUGAGAGAUGUAAAGAAUAAGAUUUGUAAAGCUUUAGAUUUAGGUAGUUUCUUAGAUGAUGAUAAUGGUAUGGAGUUAUUAGUCGAUAAUAAGAUCAUUAAAUUGGAUUUACCAAUUAAAAAAGUUUACGAAUUAGUAUGGAAAAAGAGUCCACAAGCAUUAAGAACAGCAGAUAUCAAUAUUCCAAUGAAUGUAGUUUAUCGUCUUCAAGGUUUAGAUGGUGAAGCAACUGAAGAAAUCAUUGAAACUCUUAAUGAUAAUAACUCUGAAGAAAAGGAUCCAGAAGUUGAAUAUGAAAUCACAAGUGUUAUGGCUGAAUGCGGUGGUUUGGAAUCAAUGAUCUCAAUGAUUGAACGUAUCAAUGAUUUCUCAAUCGAGAAGGAAUUGGCACAAUUAGUAAUUAAAUUACUCUACCAUUGUUGUAAGAUUAAAAUUAAUCGUCAAAAAUUACUUACACUCAAUACUGUUGGUAGAUUAUUGGAGAAAUUAAAACAAGCUUUCCAUCAACCAGAACUUUCCGAACAUUUAUUGGUCAUCAUUGAAUCGGUAGUUAGCGAAGCAAAUCGUGAUUAUCUUCGUGGUUCAAAUUCUUCUACCUCACUCUCACAUCAUAAAGAUAUCAAUGAAGCUCAAGAACAAAUGAAUAUGUUUUUAGAUAAAUUAAACGGUGCUCAAGUAAUGUCAAAUCCAAAGAUCAUUCAAGCAAUCACAAGAAUUAUUCCAUUCCUUACCUAUGGUCACACUGAAAUUAUGGAUUAUCUCGUUGACUUUUUCACACCAUAUUUAAAUUUCCAAGAGUUUGAUGAUUCAAAAUCAAAAGAUACCAAUCAUGUUUAUCAUCUUGAUUUCUUUACCAAACUUAUGGAAAAUACUCGUCCAGAUUCAAAUGGUAGAAGUAUUCGUUCAAUCAUUAUUAAGCGUGGUAUCACUAAAUCAUUGGUUGAUUACUUAUUAAAUUACUUCCCUGAAAAUGGUGAUAAGACUAGCCAAGAAUGGCUUUCCUCUUUGGAGAAACCAGCUUUACCAUUCGUUUUAGUAUUAUUAAAAGGUUUAGCAAUGGGUCAUGAACCAACUCAAAAUAUGACUCUAGAAUCUAACCUUAUCAAAAGAAUUCAUAUACUUGAAGAAACAGCUGGUACUAGUGCAAAGAUUGGAAGUUUAGCUGAGAAUUUAUUAGAGUCAAUCGCUGAAGGCAAUGAAAAAACCUCAAAGAUUGUAAGUGAUACUCGUAAGGAAUCGAAGAUGGAAAAAUUAAGUCAUGCUCAAAAACAUAGAGAAGAUGUGUUGAAACAAUUGGGUUUAGCUCAACAAGGUAAACAUAUUAUGGCAAACGUUGUUCCAGGUUCAAUUGAAGAUUUGGAUGAUGAUGAAGGUUUCACUUGUAUGGUUUGUAGAGAAGGUUAUUCAUUUAAACCAACCGAUGUAUUAGGUAUCUAUACCUUCUCAAAGAGAAUUCCAUUAACAUCAGUGGGUGAAACAACUUGUCCACCAUCAUCAACAACCAAUGUCGCUGCUUCACUUUCUCUCUCCCCAAGUAGUAGUGGAGGUGGUGGUGGUGGUGCUUUAUAUUAUGGUUUCACUACAGUAACUCAUUUCAAUUUCAUUCAUUUCAAUUGUCAUCGUGAUGCAACCAAAGCAGAUAGAAGUAUGAAGGUACCAAAAGAAGAAUGGGAAGGUGCUGCACUCAGAAAUCAACAAACCAAAUGUAAUGGUCUUUUCCCUGUACUUCCACCAAAGAUGAAUAGUGAUGCAUUCACUCCCUACUCUGAUAAAUUCUGGGUUAAUCUCAACAAUAUCUCUCGUGUCGAAGGACCAAAAUUCCGUAUACUCUCUCAUGAUCUCAAAUUCUUAUUGAUUCGUUUGGCAAAGGAUGAAUCUUUCAGUACCGAUUCUAAAGGUGGUGGCAAAGAAAGUAAUAUUAGAAUUGCACCAAUGUUUGUCCAACUUGGUAUGUUUUUAUUGGAUCAAAAGUUGGUUGGAGGUAACUCUGCCAAUCAAUUAAGACGUCCACAAUUUGAAAAGACUUUAGCACAAUUCACAACUUUACCAUUGGAAACUGCAAUCACUUCAAUGUAUCAAAUGCUAUCCGAUAAUGUACCAUACUUUUUAGUGGUUUCAAUCUUUUUACAUUCACCAAAAGAAUUUGAAAAUCAAAAAUUCAAUUACCUCACAAAACUAUUGGCUUAUGCUUUUGUUGAUUAUCUCACCACUAAUACAAAGAAUGGUUUAAGUUCUCCAGAUGAACCAUCAAAAGAUAAACUUUUCGAUAUCACUCGUCCUUGGUUAAUAUUCUUCUCUUUGUUAUCAAAAUUCCAUUCAAUCAUUAAACCAUCCUCAUGUACCGAAGAAAAUUGGAUUCAAGAAACUAAAAAUCAUUUAUCAACAAAUUGUACAAAGAUUCAGGUAGAUGUUAAAGAAUUAUUAAAUUGUUUCGAAAAUGAAUUAAAAGAAUUCCAAGAUGAAAUGGAAUUCUUUGAUGAUGAAGGUCUCUUAAAAAAUGUUUUAUUAAAUAACAAAGAUUCAAAUGAAUAUUUAUUAAAAUUAUAUAAAUCUGUUAAAUCAAAUAAAAAAUAA